CGUCUGCUUGACUACGUAUGAUGACCGAAUAGAUAUAUCCCUUCCUAGUCCCUGUUUAUUUUACUUUCACGUUCUACCGAGUCAGAAAAGAGCCGCAUAAAACCAAUCAUGCUCAGCAACAUCUUUCCUCUUUCGCCACUCAUUUUCAAAUCUUAAUCCAAAUUUCAAUCUCGAACACUUUAAUACCAAGAUGUCUUCACCACUAGCAAAUCUUGAAGAAACUUCAUCAAGUUUGAACCGAACUGAAAUUGCGAGCUCAACUUCAAUUCCAUCAACUCAGGAAAUGCAACGAACCUCAGUUAACAAAACCCAAAUCCAACACAAAAAAUCAGAAUCAGAAUCAGAACUGAACGCAUGGCUAGCAGUAAACCCAUCAAAACCAUUUCCAAUCCUAAACUUACCCAUCACCAUCAUACUCCAAAUCUUCACAAGUUUAGAUAUUCCAGAUUUAGAUUCACUUAAAUCAACAGGUCAUCAACUUUUAAUGACUUUAGCAAAUGAUUCAGUUUUACAUCAACACAGAUUAAGAUCAGUUGGAACCACAUGUUUAGAACCUUAUCUACUGAACCGACCUAACCGAUUAGACUUAGCAAAAACCAAGAAACUCAAAGGAUUGAAUCUAGAAUCUAAAAUCAAUUCUGGAUCUUAUUUACAUUCACCUACAUCCAUCAAAACAUAUGAAACAUCCGAAAAGAUCAAUCGAUUGAUCAUCAAAAACAAAUUAACUAAAGCCCUAGAAACUAGACCGAUCUUUUAUCAAUUAAGUUCGUUUAAUCUGAUUGAUGAAGAGUUGAAAAAAGAUCAUGUUUCGGCUAGUUUGGCUCCCAUGAUCAGGUUACUCAAACGAGAGAGAGUCAAAGAUCAGUUGGCUCGACAAAUGAGGUAUAAUAAACUUUUGAAUGGGAUUCCAAUCCAUCAUUCAAAUUCAAAAUCUUGGGAAGGAUCGAAUUGAUUUAUUGUGUAUGAUGGAUUGAAAGGUAUAGGUAGACCAUCGUCUUGCUCACCUCUUAGGUCGAUUGAUGUACUCCCGAACCACACAAACCGGGCAACUACCUGAAAACUUGUAUCAAUUAUUCAUGUAAGACCUUGAAACACAAUCUUUAAGCAUAUCUGUACACCUCAAAAGACAUUAUUUAGUCUACAAGACUUCAACUUGGUAAAUAUAUACAUUGACAAAAAAACCUGUACUACUCAGUACCUCUUUCUGUUUUUAUUCUCAAUUUUUUUGUUGUUUUCUAAUGGUUGAGGUCAUUUUGUGUUCAAUCAACUUUGUACAUCUUCUUGAAAUUCUUAUACUUCAAACUGAGUUGAAUUAAUCUUUAUCCUUUCAAAUGAUUGUUAUAUCACUUGAUUGAAAGUUAAUUCUUUACAAUCAGUUU